AGUUUAAGUUUAACGGACAUCACAUCAUAAAGAUUUGCAUUUUUUUUUUUUUGAUAAAAAGUUAUUAUUUUUUCGUGACGUCAACAGGCAAAGGCAUUAAGUGCUUCGCAUCAUUAUGUCCACAUCGGUCGUUCUGUCAUCCUAAAAACUAACCUCAAACGUUCCAGUAAUCCAGUCUUAAUCGUGARAAAAGUCACGRCAAGUUAGWGGCCAAWGAUAUUCUACGCAUCAAAUGGCUUCGACAAAAAAAAGUACACAAUAAUCGAAUAAUUCAAAGUAUCCGAAAAAUUACGAUCUGAAAAUACUGAAAAUCCGGGAAAAGUGAUCAGCGUCCCGUUAAAGAAAUUUUAAUAGUAAUGGUUACAUAUCUGUGGUAACAGUAUACCGAUUUGUUCCACUAAGAGAAAAAAUUUCUCAUGGAACGAACGCGCCWGGUCGUUGCWGUUAACGCCUUGUCAACGGACAACUUGUUUUUGUUGUUUUCGUUUCUGAACCACAGUCGCAGUGUUUAUUCGCGUCUGCAUUGAAGACGGAGCUUUCGAUUCCGCUCUUCUGUUUUCAUUUUAACGUAUCGUUCRAAAUUUUGAAUCUGCCACAAUUACGGUUCAAAGACUUGAUUGAUUUGAAAACAAAUUACCUGAAAAUUCGAAGGUCUCGUUAACCCGCCACUUAUCAUGGUCCGCCGUUGACCCAUUAAAUAUAAAUAUAGAACUGGGAAAUAAUUUGACCACGAUGGCGUCGACAAACCUUGAUAGACGUGAACUCGUCACGGUGACGGCGUUAUGAUGAUUACGGUGACGACAACAUGCAAUCCUGUAAGCCGAAGGUCACCGACCUAAAUCCACAUCUACUAUGCGUUCUGUGCGGUGGAUACUUCGUGGACGCCACGACGGUAAUCGAAUGUCUGCACUCCUUUUGUCGAAGUUGUAUUGUCAAGUAUCUCGAACGCAACAAAUAUUGUCCAAUAUGCGAUGUAUUAGUCCACAAAUCAAAACCUUUAUCCAAUAUCCGGCCGGACCACACACUGCAAAAUAUUGUUUACAAACUUGUUCCACGUUUAUUUCAAAAGGAAAUGGUAAUGAGAAGAGAAUUUUACAAUCGAAACAAAGUGUAUUUACCCAGGGACCCAAUGAGCCGUGGUGUUGUACCUGAUGACUAUCAUAUAUUUGCUGCAAGUGAUGCAAUCAGUAUAUGUCUUUAUUAUGAAUGCGAAAAUAUUGACAAAAAAAAUAUACAUGAAAAACAUAAACGAUAUCUAUGGUGCCCAGCAUCAUUGACAGUUAUAAAUUUAAAAAAAUUAUUAUACAUUAAAUAUGAAUUAAUACCAACUGAUCAUUAUGUAGAGUUUUUCUACCAAAAUUAUUUAUUAGAUGAUCAUUUAACUUUAAUGGAUGUUGUUUACAUGUUUGAUUGGAAAAGGAAAGAUCCACUUUCAAUGACUUAUCGAAUUCUUAAAAUUGAAAUUGAACCUCUUUUAAAUGACGGUAUAGCAAAAGAAGAAAGUGUAGUUGAGUCAAUAAAGGACRAUGAAAAGUCUGAAGAAAAACAAAAUGAUUUGCAUCAAAAUGUAGUUAAUACAGAGAUCUGUAUUGAGGAACUCCCUAAAAUAGAUGAAAACCUUAAGGUCCUUGAGAAAAUUCCAGAUUCUAAAGAAGUACAAUUGGAAAUAAGUGAAAAUGGUAUCAUGAAAGUUACUAAUAUUAAUCAGAGUAGAGAAACAAUUCAAGCUAAUGUCACUAUAGAGCCAACUGAUAUAGUUAAAAAUGAAAAUUCAUCUAAACCAGGAGAUAUAAAUGACGAUAAAGAUGACGAUAAGAAAAAAACUUUAAAAGUAUAUCCUGGGUCAAAGAUAAAAAAAACCAAACCUAAACUAGACACUAUUGUUGAGAAAAUUAAAAAACAAGGCACUAAAUAUAAAACAUUAACAUCUCCAACUAAACAUUGGAAUCCAAGCAUAUCAAAAACUUCAGUCUUAGCCAAAAAGAAAGAAAUAAAUGGAAUUGAUAAAAAGUGUCAAAAAUUUUUCAAAUCAAGAGAUGACAAAAAAGAUGAAGAUAAAGUUGAAGACAGUUUGAAGAGGUUAGCUGAAGUGCCUUUAAUGAAAAUUAAUCCUCAAACAUUAUGUCCAAUUAUGCCUUCUUCCCCAGCUAAGAAACCCAAAAAACCUGUUCCUAAAAAAAAUACAUUAGCUCAUUCUUUGGCCCUACUACCUGUUCGACCAACAAAUCAUAACCCAUUUACCAAUCCAUUGAAUCCAUUCAUGUAUGGAACAUUUCYAAAUAAUUCAAAUGGAGAUGCUGGAGAUACAAAUGAUUUUCUUAAAGCUAUGUCUGAGUUAUGUCCACCAUCAUCAGCUUAUCAUAAUUCUUUGCCACCGUCGGUUAGUGUACUUUUCAAUCCCUUAUAUACUCAUCACAGACAAAGUCAGGCUAAGAAGGCUUCUGUGGCUGUAGCUCAAUCACCUGACAUAAUGAAAUUACCUGCCAAUAAAAAUGAAGAAAAAUCUGAAAAGAUAGAAGAUAAAACCAAUGAUAAAGGUAAUAAUAAAGACGAGUGUACUAAUAAUAAUAAAGGUGAAGAGAAAAUGGAAGUCGAGAAAGAAAARGAAAAGAAAAAAAUCUAAAACAAUGACUUAUUGUGAACUACAAACUAAAAAGUUGAAGUCUCUAUAACUAAAAUCUUUAGAUUAUGAUAGACCUGUUAUAGGUUUAUUAGAGGAGUAUGGAAAAAAAAUAUUCUAAAUAUUUUGAUAUUUUUUUAACUCAACAUAAUUCAAAAUGGUCACCCUAGUUAAACAACAAGUCUAUGAAUUGGAUGCCAUUAGAUUGCUUCAAAAUGUAUAUAUAGCCAAGUAAUAAUGUUUCGAAAUCUUAUUCAUUAUUGCUCACAAAUUCUAGUCCUAGUUUAAGGUGUAUAUUUUAUAAAAACAAAAAAAAAAUUGCAACAGUUUUUUGUAUAAGUGCCUUCAGUAUUUAAUUAUUUAA